AUGAAAGCUACUUAUUUCGCUGCUAUCUUACUUUCCGCAACUUUCAGUCUUGCUGCUCCAACAGGGCUGAAUGAUCUCGUAUCGCCUCAAAACUCCCUUCCAUCACUUCAAAACUCGAAAUCACCUUCCUUAACACUCAACCAAAUCGGUUCCAUCCUUACUCCUCCACCACCACCAGCCAGGCCCGAUGAGUACGUUUCAGGAGUAUUGAAAACCCAAAAACCAUCUGAAAGAGGUAUCGAUUUACCUUUACAUGAUACUUCCAAAUCAUCCAAAUCGAAUCACCAGUCUGGAAAUACCAAUCUACUCGAAGAUGUCGAAUAUAAAUUGUAUGGCAAGAACGAUAAUGGUUUGAAAGGGGUAUCUGAGACUGCCAACGAGGUUAUGAAUAUGAAAGGACAUGGAAAGAGGAGGGUGGAUAAGAGGGAAUUUGUAGAUAUGGCGGUUGAUCAUCUGGGUAGGAAAGUAGUCAGGAGAGGAAAUGAUUUCCAAAUUCAGGAAAUUCAAGAUCAAGGUAGACAAUGGGGAGGUGCCAAUGAACUGAGCGAUGAGAACGAUGAACCUUUCUAUGAACCAUAG